CCUUCUGUGUCUCAGAACAAUGUCAGGACCGAGGCCUGUGGUGCUGAGCGGCCCCUCUGGAGCCGGGAAGAGCACUCUGCUCAAGAGGCUGAUGAAGGAUCACGAGGGAGUCUUUGGAUUCAGCGUGUCACACACGACAAGGAACCCUCGGCCAGGAGAGCAGGACGGCAAAGGACUGAACAAACUCCCUAUGCUUCUGGGGGCUACUUUACUGCCUGUAGCAGACGUUCUUUCCUCUGAAGACUUAAAAAAGUCAACCCCAUUGUCAUGUCCAAAUGAAUCAGAAACCACAGACAAAGACUACCACUUCACAACAAGAGAGGUCAUGCAGGAGAGCAUCGAUGAAGGAGAAUUCAUUGAGAAUGCUGAGUUUUCUGGCAACUUGUAUGGAACAAGCAAGGCUGCUGUGGAAGACGUACGUGCCAAGAACCUGAUCUGCAUCCUUGAUGUGGACAUUCAGGGGGUGAGGCGGAUUAAAAAGACAGACCUGAACCCUAUCUACAUCUCCAUCCAGCCUCCAUCCAUGGAGAUCCUGGAAAAACGUCUGAGAGACAGGCAGACAGAAACAGAGGAGAGUUUACAGAAACGUCUGGAGGCUGCACGCAUCGAUAUGGAGCUCAGUAAAGAGCCUGGAGUGUUUGACAUUGUUAUCAUCAAUGAUGAUUUGGAGAAAGCCUACGAGGAGCUGAAAGCAAUCCUCAAUGAAGAAAUUCAAAAGGUUCAAGACACCAAGUAAUAAGAUAAAACUACUUUUUUUGCUACGUGUGACUCUGGUUGAAUAAAACUGGAUAUUGACAAGAAUCCAUCUGAAAUAAAAUCACAUACAAAAACAA